CGGAUACUUCAGCAUCUCACUCUGCUUUAGCCUGCUCCCGUGGAUAGUAGAGGUCAGAAGACAUAAAAUAUGUAUCACAGGUUAAGUACGAGACCGACAGAACUUCUGAAACAUUGCUUCCUCUCUGUUGUGCUUUAAAAUAAUUUACAAACCGCAUCACUGGAAAACGUCACUCCGAAGUUGUUAGACUGGACACCUUUAGUAUGUUUUAGUAUGCUCUAGCGUGUACACGGCAUUUCAUCGUUUGGAAACUUUUUCUUUUUUUGCAACAUGACGGUUAAAUAUGUUUUUUUGACGCACCUGUUACUGCUUUGGGUUGGUUCCGAUACUGGCGCAUCUGAAGCUGUAUGGAGAAGUGCGCGCGACAGCACGUCGGACGCGCUCGUGACCACAGAUGCGCUCUCACAGCACAUGUUUAAACUGUAUGAGAAGUACAACAUUGAACCUAACCGACUCAAAGAGGGAAAUACUGUAAGAAGUUUUAAAGCAAAACCUGAGAAUGUGGAGGAGAGGGUCUCAUACUGGCUGAACAUUACUUCCAUUCAGAGGUCUGAGCUGAUUCUCACAUCUACGUUUCACUUCUUUUUUGACAAACGGCAACGCCAGAGAUCCUGGUUCUGCAAGCGAUUCAAGAACCCCUCUUGUCGCAUCCCAAACUUCCAUCUGUUACCCUCUGUCCAUCUUAUUUUCCGGUCUCCCUCGUUCAGCUCAGCCCAGGGAUCACUACUCGGAAACAUCACUGUAGUUCCUCACAGACGUGGGACCUGGCAGAGCAAGGAUGUGUCUGUCAUUAUAAAAGAGGCCCGAGAUAACAAUCAUCUUUUGAUCACCGUGGAGUUUGACUAUGGAGAGCAGUAUCAAAGGUAUCAGGACCAGCUCCCAUUCUCCAGCCUUCCAUACUUGCUGGUGUAUGCUAAUGACCUGGCCAUUUCAGAGCCCAACAGUGUGGCUGUGAGCCUACAGAGAUAUGACCCUUUCAUUGCAGACCAGCAGCCAACUCAAUCUCCGGACUCCUCACCUGACAUACGUGUAAAGCGGGACCUGGACUUGGACUUCUCCGAUCCCACUGAGAACAAUGAGCUCCCGGAGGUGGAGUACAACAGCUUCAAACAGCAUAAUAUGUGGGAAAGUGCUUACUUUGCACUCAAGCCAAAGCCCUUUAAAAAAGAACAUCGGAGGAAAGGCCAGGAGCGUGCUGACGGAUUCGGCAAGUCUCAGGUUCUACGGUUUAAUGAGAAAACCAUGAAGAAGGCUCGGAGGAGACAGUGGAAAGAACCUCGCAGCUGUUCCAGGAGGUACCUGAAGGUGGACUUUGCAGAUAUCGGGUGGAACGAAUGGAUCUUGUCUCCCAAGUCUUUCGAUGCCUUCUACUGCGCAGGAACGUGUGAAUUCCCCAUUCCAAAGGUAGUCCGCCCCUCCAACCAUGCAACCAUCCAGAGCAUAGUCAAGGCUGUUGGGAUAAUUCCAGGUAUCCCAGAACCCUGCUGUGUUCCAGAGAAGAUGAAACCUCUCAGUGUUCUAUUUCUGGAUGAGAGCAAAAACAUUGUGUUGAAGAUCUACCCCAACAUGUCUGUGGAGACGUGCACUUGCAGAUAGACUCGCUGGUCAAAGAAAGGAAAGACAAAUGGGCAUUUGUUGUGGUUUUGACAUCCAAAUUUACCUUGAAGAGGCAUAUUGUCUUAAGGUUGCACUUGUCAGAAAGUGCACACACUUUAAGGACUGCAUAUCAUCUUUUAUAAAUGCUUAUAUUUUAAUUUCCUCCGUUUAUCCACAAAGGAUCUGUCAUAAACUUUUUCAUUGUACUACAUGAGUACUCACUCUUAUAAACAAUACUUAAAAAUUGUCAGCUUUGCUGUCAUCUCUGUGACAUAAAUGGACUCAUGCUUGUAAAUUACUGGAUGUAACAAUGAGGUUUUAAAGCAUGCUGCAUAUAACAUAAACAUUUUUGUGUCCGAACUGUUGAAUUACAUUGGAAAGUAAAUUAGAAUAAGGAAUUAUUUUAUUAUUCAGAUUAAUUUGUAGUGACAAGUUAAGAUAAUGUCUUGGUGUUCAUUAGAAAUCCGAGUGUAACUUGAUAUUUGGGUCAUUUAAAAGUAUAAAUGAUGAAAUACAAAAAUGUGAACCCUUUCAUCUACAUCAAACUAUUAGUGUGACUGCAAAGCAGUCUUAAAGGGGGGGUGAAAUGCUCGUUUUCACUCAAUAUCCUGUUAAUCUUGAGUACCUAUAGAGUAGUACUGCAUCCUUCAUAACUCCAAAAAGUCUAUAGUUUUAUUAUAUUCAUAAGAGAAAAAUAGUCUGUACCGAUUUUUCCCGGAAAAACACGACUGGCUGGAGGCGUGACGUGUGGGCGGAGCUAAAGAAUCACGAGCGCGAGUAGUCUUUUGUGUUGAGAGCCUUUGGAAGUUGUGACAUUACCGUGAGGAAAAAAAACCAUCAUCCAAAACAAACCAUGGCUUACAGUCAGAUUCAGCCAUUUAUUUAUGAUCCAGAAUCAGAUCCCGAGGCUGAAACUGAACGAGAGCAGCAGCAGCAACGACUCGCUCUGAGCGGGGCUCGAACCCGGGUCUGGCAUGAGAGGCGGACGCACUAACAAGGAGGCAGAGAUAUUUGAAGCAGUUUUACUCACCGCCUGCGGCUCCAACACACGAUCGUGACCCUUUUUCUUUGGGAUUGCAUCAUCCUUAAGAAAUAAACGAUACGCAAAUCCGUCGUCAAACUGGGCCUUGUUUGUAAAACAAGCAUCUUCGAAAUGCAGGGAACAAACACAAACACUUGCACAACUCCGUUGAUGCUCUGUAAAAAUAAACUCCAUCCACUGGUCCCUUAAUGCUGUUUUUUUUUUGGUAAUCUGUGCAGGGUUGUCUUGCCCUGGCAACCAAAAAAACACUUAUUUUGUGACUUUUCACGACGCUCUCGCUCUGAUCAGUGAAUGAAUGUCUGUGGCUGUGCUCAGCCUCUCAGGGCUCUGCUAUACAGGAGCAUGUGCUCUUCCAGCAGAAGUGCCCUUAGGACCCAUAUAAGGAAAUUCCGCUCCAUCUAACGUCACACAGACCCAUACUCGAAAAAAACUUUCCGAAACUUGUGACAAACCGGAAGGAGUAUUUUGGGAACAAAAAUACUCCUUCAAACGUACAACUUAUUUUUUUAAACUU